AUGUCAGACUCGGACUCGACUCGACCUGUUCGACUGCGCGUAUCGAAUAAAAAGGCAUACGUCUGGGAUGUAGACGACAUAGCUACAAUCCGAUCUAAGUAUCGUUUGUGUGGUGUACUGUCUGGUACACUCCCACAUUUAUCCCAGCAGAACGUAUUUCUGGGCAUACCACUCGUGCUACUCCCGGAAGAAGCUGUGCUGCUGGUCGAAACAGGCGCUGCAGUCCUCGUCGACGACCCAUCUGCCCAUACCCACCCCUUCCUCUGCGAGAUACAAGACUGGAAUAAAGAGCAAGAAGAUGCAAUGAAAGCUCAAUUGGCGUUACUCGAAGAGAAAGUGGUGAAAGAGAGUUCAGGUUCAGGGAGGGCGCUGUCGGAGGAGGCUCAGAGGAAGAGGAGGGAAAGGGAGGAGCGGAAAAAGGCUUUAGCAGCUUCUGCCCAGAAGGAAGAAGGCGAAGAAGGCCCUUCUUCGGCAGCGGAACCAUCUGCUGCACCUUCUUCGAAAACGCCAGAACCGCCCUCUACGACUGCAGCAUCGCCUGCUGCACCCCCGACGACGGAGAAGACGUUCAGCAAAACCUCUUCGACACCAUACACUAUCACGAUCCCUGCCUCUUCGAACUCCUUGUCGUGGUAUCACGAUGGGGACAAGUCGAAUGUCUACACAACACUGGAGGAGGCCAAGGCAGCGGGCAUUUGGGACUACCCUUCUAACCUCGAAGAGCGUGCUCGAUGCGGGGUGUUCAAAGGGCUAUGGGAUCAAGGAUACUUCAUGGGCGGAGGAAUCAAGUUUGGAGGAGAUUACCUCGUCUAUCCAGGUCAUGCCUUCCCUUUCCCUCUCGAGUAUGACCUGCUGAUACCAGUCCAAUAG